UAUGCAACAAGAAAAAAAACACAAAUGUCAAAUAAGAAAUAUAACCUAGAAAUAUCGGGAAAUGUUUAUAAGAUUUAACUUAUUUAUUUUAACGAAAUAAUUACUUCAUGUAAACGUUUUUAUUAUUAAGUGUUUUGUUCUACUGCCGCCUGAGAUGGGUGCUUUAGCGACAAAAGCCCUACGUCCCUUAAAAUCAUUCAACAUUGAAAAUCGAGCACAUCGGGUAAUAUCGAAAGAAAAACCAACGCCGGCCCCGAGAUAUGCGGCUAAUAUGGAGGAUUUGAAGCGGGCUAUGGAGUCAGACCCUAAUUUAGAUGAGAAACUUGACAAAAAAGAUCUAGGACUCGACACAAGACUGAAGAAUGUUUAUGUAACUUCUCAUGGCAAGCCUGAAGACGACGUUACUCGAGAGAAACAGAACCCGAACAGGCCAUUACCCCAAGACCGUGGCCUAGUUGAAGACUUCGAUUACGGCUUCAAAGAACCAGAGAGAGUUAAAUAUGGACACACAACACUCAGAAAUGCUGUAGAGUUCAUUUCCGCUCAUCAAAUUGAUCCUAAAGAAGUCACAGCAGCUAAAAUAGCGCUCCAAUACAAACUGAAGGCGGAAGAUGUAGAAAAUAUACUUAAAUAUUUUAAAACUUACGAAGUUUAUCUACCAGAAACAAAGAAAUCAGCGGCCAUGUUUGCUGGCCCUGCUACUUUAAGGAAACAGUUGUACAAAGAAGAUAUAAAAGAGAUUGAAGGAGAUGUUCAGAAGAAACCUGAUAAAAAAAGCAGCUUCUAUAAAUAUGAGAUUGAAAAUGAAAAUAAGGGCAGAUAAUUUACAUUCAAUAAACAAAUACAAACACCUGUUACAAAUACCUCUUAUAAUAGUAUAUUUUUGCAGGUCGCGAAUAGUACUGAGUACAAUGUAUUUAGUCCAAUAAUUUGAUAUCUUAGAGACAAUGAUUGAAAGCCAGUGUAGCAUUGUUUGCCAUAAAGCCACUUCCCAAACUAUGGGUUGUGACCCAUUGGUGGGUCGCGGGCAAAUAUUGAGUGGGCCCUGAAACUACUAUAGUGAAUCUGAGUGUUACCAAUAAUAUUUUAUGCCCCUUUUUUAAGACGGCCAAGAGGUCACAAAUUUGGCAGUAUUUGUUAGGUGGGUCAGAGCCCAGUCAAUUUUUGGGAAUCACUGCCAUAAAGAAAAAAAAAAAGUAAAGUGAAAGAAUACUAGAUUUCCCAGUGAAAGUAUGAUUCACAUAGUUGCACUUUAAGUUAUAUAUAGAUUUCCCAACAAGUAUUCAUCACUGGGAUUUUUUUCCCACUUGUUUAUUACCACCAACUCGGUUUUGGCUGUUACAGCAAAUUUACAUAAACAAGCAUAUUUGGCAUGCAGUUAUCUUGAAGGCUACCGCACUGUUAGUGCUUGAUAAUGGAGACCUAGGCUCUCUGAAACAUGUAGUGUGAAUGACCGAAAAUAUUACUGUAAAAUUUGCUUAAUUCCACACAAGAGUAUCAUAGAUUAAAGGCAAAUUAUCCUGUUCUGUAGUAAUCAAGUAAUAUACUUUAUUCUGUGAAUAUAAUACUGUGCUCUAGUAGAAAAUAUUUGAUCAAAUUAUUUUAGAUCCUUGUAAAUACGACUCAUAUUAAUGGUUGCUACUUGCUUGUGUAAAAUAAUUUACAACACUAAUGUGAUCUAGAUUUAGUCAAAUAAUAAAAACGUUUUGUUUUCCAAAA